UGCAGAAAGCUGUUUGUUGUGGCUGAAUGAAGCUUCAGCAGCUUCAACUACUGACACAGUAAAAUGCAUGCGCUGUCCUUAAGACUGCCCAACCAUGUCAUUGCUAACUGAAUGUACAACAGAGAUUUAUUACACCUUUGUUUGACUAAUUUCUAAAUAUAGCUCCAUUGUUGCCGUUUAAUCAUUUACUUUUAAUUGCCUUUAAUUCAAUUUCCUUAGGAGAUCAAGGUCCAUGUAAAGUCAAUCCUGGACCCUGUGCCUCUCUAUUGAAAUGGCCGACAAUGUAAAUCUGGGCAGUUCCUCUGUUAAUUCCCCAGGCACACACCCAAGGCAAAACAAUGAACUGUCAGGAUCUGGAGUGUUCUGCUUCACACUUUUCUCUCACUCGUCUCUGUUGCUGUUGGCAUACCCGACAACUUAAUCCAUUCAUCUGGAGAUGUGACAGGAAAGAUCACCUUCCGUCAGAUGGAGGGGAAUUACACAUAUUUGCGGGACAGUGGCGCUCUGGCCUCAUGCGUACCCACCCUGGUUACUUUUGAUCUCCUUGACCUAAGGCAUAACUUUCGCUCUGCGGUUUUCAAAUACACAUGGGACUUUGGCAAUGGGGAAGUGUUUGAAGGCCCAGAGCCUUUUGUGCAGUGUAGCUACACCACACCUGGGAAUUACACAUUUAAAUUGAGGAUUGGAGCCAACAUAACCAAACAAUCUAGAAUUACCGGGCUGUACACUAUAGAUUUGACUGUGUUAGAUGCCAUACAAAGCAUUGAAUUGAGAGGACCAUUGAGUUAUAACGUGGACCAAAGUAGUAGUCUGUCCUUUCAUGUUGGAGGAAGUCCUCCGGUUUGGUACUGCUGGAGAGUUUUGCCUGAUUGUCAAUCACCCAGUCCAAUGUCCUGCGAGUCAGUCAGACUUUACGAAAACAUAUUCAAUCUGAGCUACACCUUCACAUCAGUAGGAACGUAUUGCUUAGAAAUCAGCGUGAGAAAUAAUAUCAGCAAGCUUCAGACAUCCUACAACAUCCACGUGCAGGACAGCCCUGUGAAUCACCUCAUCUUUAUUUUGCCCUGUGCUGCAGUGAUUUUUGCUACUCUCAUAUUCAUCUCUGUCUCGGUGUGUUGUCCACUGCAGGAAUCGGGUUUUGUAUGUAACACACUGGAAUCAGAUAUGAGUUAUGAUGCUGUCACAGACAUUGAGAUGCAUGCCAAGGAUGCAGCUUCCCCAUUGAAGGAUAAUUGUCCAUUACAAACAUCUUCCAGAAGAAAUGAAUCACAGUCCCUUCUUCAUCAACAAGGGAUGUACAGUCAACCCUGUUAAUUCCAUCUGGUCGAUAGUAUUUUUUACAAUGAGCUUUCAUUGUAUUAUCUUGCUUUAUUAAAUAGCCAUUCACGGUUAUCAAGUAGGCCUACCCUAUAGUGUCAUUAAGAUCUGUAUGACUUUUUGAAGAUAUUUUGAAGAAUGUUGGUAACCAUUCAACAUUUGCCCUUAUUGACUUCUACAACAAAAACACUGACACAUUUCUCAGAAUAUCUUCUGUUGUGUUCCACAGAGAAAGGGGUAAUACAGGUUUUCAACGGCAGGAGAGUAAUGAAAUGAUGACAUAAUUUUUUAUUUUUGGGUGAACUAUCUCUUUCAGAACAAGACAGAAGUGGCCAUUUUUGAAUCAAGUACACAAAAUGUGCACUCACUAAUGUUUCUUCCUGACCUUAGCUGUUGUUCCUUUUUUUCUGCUACUUUUUUGGACUUUUAUUUUACACUUAAGUGGGUUUUAUACUCCAAAAAGGUGUAAACUCUUUUAAAUGGUUUUAGAGGUUGUUUAUGAGGGUGUUGCAAUUCAACAGUGUUUUUGGUCUAUUCCGAGUUCAAUUUUUAAACUUGAACAUAAUGUACAACAAGCACUGCUGUAUAGAAAGAUCAUAUGUCUUUGCUAGUGAUUAUUAUGAGUUCCUACUGAAAGCUCUUUCUACUGGAAUAAAUGAAUCUGA